AACAAACCCUAUCCCCAAUCCAAGCCGCCGUCCUUUCUCCUUCCUCCUCCUCUUUGCUUUUUUUCUUUUUCUUUUUUUCUUCUUCUCGGCGUCGCCUUUCAUCCGAAGACGAACUCCGCCGCCGCCGCCGCCCGUUGAAAUAUCCGCUUCUUCUGCCGGCGGUCGCCGGUCGCCAUUGCCGCCGCUGCUACUUCAGACUAUUUUGGCCAACAUUUUUCAGUGGCGAAAUUAGCCAAAUUUAUAAUUCAGAUAUUUAAUAAAAAUAAUAAUAAUAUUAACAAAUAAACGUGUUGCAGAUAGACUGGUUAGAUUGAAUAAGCCUUCGACAACCAGAUAUCUCGUCUUUCUCCCUCACCCCCUUCCUUUCCCCUUCGCUUUUAAACAAAAGCAUCGUUUCUAUGGCGGCGGUGGCGACCUUCUCUCCCGCCGCCGUGCGCCUCCUCAAAAGCUUCUCUUCCGUCGCUCCAUCCUUCUUCUACAAACGUAACACCAGGCCCGCCACUCCCUCACAUCUCUUUUCCUCCGCAGCCCUCUCCCGCCAACGCCAUACCUUCUGCACCGCCAAUGUUGUCAGUACUGAACCCAAUGGUUUGGAAACCGGUGCUAAAAUCCGCGAAUUUCGAAAGAAACUGAAGAUUGCGGACAUCAAAGGAGGCCCUGAUCAGGGGUUAGAUCGGCUGGGAGAGAAUCUUGUGGUCCAGGGAUGGGUUAGAACGCUCAGAGUGCAGAGCAGUGUGACUUUCAUCGAGGUUAAUGAUGGUUCUUGCCUUUCAAACAUGCAAUGCGUGAUGAGUUUUGACGCCCAAGGUUAUGACCAGGUGGAGAAUGGUGUAAUAUCAAAUGGUGCUUCCAUAUGGAUACAAGGGACUAUUGUGGCCAGUCAAGGAAUGAAGCAGAAAAUAGAAUUGAAGGUUGAAAAACUUGUAAUGGUAGGUAAAAGUGAUCCUUCUUUUCCUAUCCAGAAGAAAAGGGUCAGCAGAGAAUUUUUAAGAACCAAAGCACAUCUUCGUCCUAGAACCAAUACAUUUGGCGCGGUUUCACGCGUGAGGAGUGCUUUGUCUUUUGCAACACACAGGUUUUUUCAAGAAAAUGGAUUUGUUUGGGUCUCAAACCCGAUCAUUACUGCUUCAGAUUGUGAAGGAGCUGGUGAACAAUUUUGUGUAACAACUUUGAUUCCAAAUUCCAGGGAAGCCUCAGAAUCUCCAGUGAAUGCCAUCCCAGCAACAAAGAAUGGUUUAAUUGAUUGGUCCAAGGACUUCUUUGGAAAACCCGCAUAUCUGACAGUAUCUGGACAACUUAAUGCUGAAACAUAUGCUACUGCUCUUACUGAUGUAUAUACUUUUGGUCCUACAUUUAGAGCAGAAAAUUCUAACACUUCCCGGCACUUAGCUGAAUUUUGGAUGAUUGAACCAGAACUUGCAUUUGCUGAUUUAGAAGAUGACAUGUCUUGUGCAACUGCUUAUCUCCAGUAUGUGGUGCGGUACAUUCUUGAGCACUGCAAGGAAGAUAUGGAUUUUUUCAAUACCUGGAUUGAGAAAGGAAUCAUUGCCCGGCUGAGUGAUGUUGUGGAGAAAGAAAUUGUCCAAUUGUCAUACACUGAUGCAAUUCAACUUGUUAUGAAAUCCCAGAAGACAUUUGAAUAUCCGGUAACAUGGGGAUGUGAUUUGCAAAGUGAACACGAACGCUAUAUCACUGAGGAGGUGUUCCGUGGAAGCCCAGUAAUUAUAAGAGAUUAUCCCAAGGAAAUCAAGGCAUUCUACAUGCGAGAAAAUGAUGAUGGGAAGACUGUUGCAGCCAUGGAUAUGUUGGUUCCUCGGGUGGGGGAACUGAUUGGUGGAAGCCAAAGAGAAGAACGGCUUGAUUAUUUGGAGCAGCGCAUGGCCAACUUGGGUCUCGACACGGGGAGUUAUUGGUGGUAUCUUGACCUCCGGCGAUAUGGUUCAGUUCCACAUGCGGGAUUUGGAUUAGGGUUUGAGAGGCUUGUACAAUUUGCGACUGGAAUUGAUAAUAUAAGAGAUGUGAUACCUUUCCCUCGGGCUCCUGGCUCAGCUGAAUUUUGAAUUUGAAGUGUUUAUUAUUCUCCUCACUGGAUCAUCAUCAAGAUUGUGUCUUGUCUCAAGUGGAAGCUUGAGCCAGGUUGAGGUACACCUGUCAGACCAUUGAGUGGGUGCUGUACGUUGGUAAUAAUAGUGGUAAUUAUAACUAUAUUCAAACUUUGAUCGGCUGUAACAAUACAUACAAGGAAUAAAAUUAGUACAUUAUUUGCA